ACUAAGCAACCCAUUCAUCCCAGCCGUGCGCUGGUCUGUACUCCCUCCUGCACUCUCCAUAUCUGUGCAUCGACGUCGCAGGUGCACCACCACAACCCGCAUUGAGCCAAUCCUGCAAACAUGGACAAUGCCACUCUCGCUCUCCUGCUGCGCGCCUUUUUUCUCGCCGCCUCUGCUCUUAUACUGGGUCUGCAGUUUGUGCCUGAUCUUCGCCGCCGAUUUCUUGUCUAUGGCCAACGCUACUCCCCAGCUGGAAACACGCCUCGCCAGCCCGACCAAGUGAAGCAGCCAACCCCUCUCGAUCGCACGCUGGAUCUCGCCGCCAGCAUUCAAGUUCCCCACAACUACUUCACCCACUUCUACAUCGUAUCCGUCACCAGCUCUCUCUUCUGGGGAUGGCGUUUGCAGCUGUGGAAAGUCGGCGGUGUGUUGCAGGUCGCAUGGAUGCUUAUGCUCCUUCAAGGCGUCCGCAGGCUGCUGGAAUCGCGCAAGUACACUUCGUCCAGCCAGAGCAAGAUGUGGGUUGGCCAUUGGGUCUUGGGCUGGCUUUACUACCUUUCCGUCAAUGCCUCCAUUUGGGUUGAGCUUGAACCCGCCAACAAGCUCAAUUACUUUGGAUCCAAGGCUUUCGUGAUUGUCCCUGCGAUCCUCACAGCUCAUUACCUCCAGCAUACGUACCACGCGUACUUGUACAAGUUGCGCCAGCAAAACACCGGCUACCAGCUUCCCUCCCACCCUUUGUUUCCGAACCUGGUGUGUCCACAUUACACUUGUGAGAUCGCUAUAUAUACCCUCCAGUCCUUCUUGACUGCGCCCAAGGGGAGUCUGUUGAACUGGACCAUGGUUACCGGAAUCAUCUUCGUCAUCGUGAAUCUGGGCGUUACAGCCGACGCCACGAAGAAAUGGUAUGCCGAAAAAUUUGGUGAGAGCAAAGUGCAGACAAGAAAGAGAAUGAUACCGUUCAUCUGGUGA